UUCGGAGUUUGGACACGAUGAUGCUCAAUUCACUUCCUCUGUUGUCAACAGCCCAACUCGUCCUCGCGGCAUGCGAUCCUUCAACAACAUUUGACUACGUCAUAGUAGGCGGUGGAACCGCAGGCCUCGUCCUGGCCAACCGCCUUUCCGCAAACCCAGCAACUACCGUCGCCGUCAUUGAAGCAGGAGACUUAGCCUACAGCAAUCCAAAUGUAACCUACGUGCCAAAGUCUAUUGCAGAAUUUGCUCUCGGCCUCGGGACCUCUGUGGAGUGGGGGUAUACCACCGAGCCCCAGAGGUAUACCGCGAAUGGCAACGUUACGUUGCCGUACUGGGCUGGCAAAGGCGUUGGAGGUACGACGCUGGUUAAUGGGAUGACGUAUGUGAGGGCCGAGAAGAGGCAGAUUGAUGCUUGGGAAGAUCUGGGGAAUGAGGGGUGGAACUGGGAGACUAUGAAGGAGUACUAUGUGGAGCAAGAGAACUUUUCGAGGCCGAGUGAGCAGCAAGAGGCGAACGGGGCGACGUACGAUGAGAGUGCUCAUGAGUAUGAGGGAGAGCUUGAUGUGGGGUUUACGCCGUAUUUGACGGGCCAAGGGGCGUUUGAUGUCCUGAGGCAGACUCAUGAGGCGAAGGGUUAUGCAUGGAAUAAGGAUGUGAAUACGGGGAGUAUGCAUGGAUUCAACGUCUGGCCGAUGACACUGAAUGUCUCUACGUUAAUGAGAGAGGAUGCGGCGAGAGCGUUCUACUACCCUAUUGCUAAGGAGCGACCGAAUCUGCACGUCUUCCUCAACACGACAGCAUCACAUAUUCUUUGGAAAGACUCAGACGGCGGGUCGGAGAAGACUACUUCAGGUGUCGAAGUUGUCAGAUCAGAUGGAACAAUCCGAACACUGCAAGCCACGAGAGAAGUCAUCCUGUCCGCAGGUUCCAUCAGGUCACCCGCACUACUCGAGCUGUCAGGCAUCGGCAAUCCAUCCGUUUUAAAACCACUCGGCAUCGAAACCAUCGUUCCACUUCCAUCCGUGGGUUCAAACCUCCAAGACCAACCUGCAAACGGCAUCAUCUACUCUUCCUCCACAAAUUGGACCGGCUAUGCCACUUUCGCCAGCUUCCUCACAGCAUCUGACCUCUUCGGCGCGUCUCUGCCCUCUAUCAUCGCUAGUAUCGCAUCAAACCUAACCUCCUACGCUCACGCCAUCCUCUCAGACUUCGCGCCCAACUCCACCACCCUCGCGAUCCAAGAACAGCUCCUCCGCCACCAACUCGACCUCGUCUUCGCACCGACCAGUACCGUCCCGCUCGCCGAGAUCCUCUGGGUUCCAACCGGUAAUCUCAUAGUAGCGCAAUUCUGGAACCUCCUCCCCUUCUCCAAAGGCUCGAUACAUAUUAAUAGUACGAAUCCACUAUCUCAACCGAGCAUCAACCCAAACUUCCUCCAACUCCCCAUCGACACACUCGUCCAGGCCGCCAUCGCCGUCCACAUACGGGAACUCUUCGCUACACCGCCACUCGCGGAAUACGUCACGGAUGAAGUCACGCCUGGGUUUGCUGUUGUGCUGCAGGACGCUACGUAUACAGAUGAAGCGUGGAUCAAGUGGGUUAAAGGGAGUUUCAAUGGGAACUCGCAUCCGGUGACUACGUGUGGGAUGAUGGCAAGGGAGUUGGGUGGAGUGGUAGAUGCGGAGGGGAGGGUGUAUGGGACGCGGAAUGUGAGGGUUGUGGAUGCGAGUGUUUUCCCGACGCAAAUUAGUGGGCAUCUGAGUGCGAGUGUGUAUGCGCUUUCUGGGAAGAUUGCGGAUGCGAUACUAAAGAAUGAGGGGAGGGAGCAGGUCGAAGACGUACAUGUGGCACCUCCCCAUGUCGGUUGUGGUGAAAGAUCGAGCUAGAUGCCAUCUUAAUU